UUUAUAAUAAUAAUAAUAAUAAUAAUAUAAAGAAAGAAAGAUACAAAGUCAUAGCCAUAACCAUAGCCACCUUCAAGCAACCAAAUUCCACAACAAACCAACAAUUUCCCACCUUUCUCUUCAUCUCUUCUAUUGCUUCCAUAAAGGCCUGUGAUAGAAGAAUGGACAAAUAAAACCUGGUGGCCUUUGAUCUGAUCCCCUUUCUUAUGUAAAUUAAUCGUCAGAGUUUUGAUUAAGUAACAAAAAGAACUGGUAGAAAAUGGGAGGUUGCUGUUGUUCCGCCAGAAAACAUCAUUUGCAAGGAACACCAGUGUAUUACUAUUGCCCACCAACUUUUGAAGAGCGCGAGUCUUUAACCUCUAAUGACGGUACCGCUGCUGGAUAUCUGGUUGGGUUGAACCUAGAAGCAUCCAUACCUGAUACUUUCCGCUCACCUCCUGUUCCACUUCCUUACGACAUUGUCUUCGGAGGUUCUGCGUCAACUGAUUCUGAGUCUGGCAGAGAAACAGUUAGUGUUAGUAGUUUUGAAACUUCAAUUACACACGAUGAUAUUGAAGAAUCGGAUUGUAAAGCUCAAACCAAAUGUGCACCUAUAUCUCCAAGGAAGGUAGAACUAUCAAAAUCAAAUGGAACUGAAGUUUUGGUAACCGAAGAAGAGGAUGUCUGCCCAAUUUGUCUUGAAGAAUAUGAUGACGAGAAUCCUAAAAAUCUGACAAAAUGUGAACAUCAUUUUCAUCUAUCUUGCAUUCUUGAGUGGAUGGAAAGAAGUGACUCCUGUCCUAUAUGUGACCAGGAGAUGAUAUUUUGACCAGAAAAUGAAUUAGUUUGAUUGUUUUGAAAUCAAAGUUUGGUAGAUAUAUGGAAGAUAGAUGGUGUUCAAUGUCUGAUUACUGCUUAGAUGAUGGUAGCUGCAGAUUCAUAUUCAAUUCGUGAUACAUCGACAAAUCAUUAUUUUAGUAAGGUUCAAUUAUUGGUAUAUCUCUGAGAAGAAGAAUGAAAAUUUGAAAGAAUGUUAUACCAUAUAGCUUAUUCUCUAGAUGCCACAAUUCAUGCUCAGAGAUGGCCUUUUACCCUUUUCCUUGUUUUGAUUUUCUGCUUUUCAUUUUUUUUCCCAAAAGUUUAUCAAUAAUUUUUUUUUGUUUGGGGGUGGAAAUGGGAGUGGUGGGAGUAUACUGUACUUGUAAAUACUAUAAUGCUUUAUGCUUUAUAUAUCUUAGACAUUUCAAGAA